AUGUGUGAGGUAGUGGAAAUUUCGGAUGAUGAAGAUGAUUCAAUGCCGUCAAACGAUUUAGCAAGUAUGCUAAAGCACGAGAAUUUGGAUUAUGAGUUUCCGCAAGAAAACACAAGCUCGAGGCCUAUGGAAAAUGUGGCGAGCUCGUCUGGGACCAAUUUAAGGUCGUCUUUCUUGGGGAUGGGAUUUGCGCCAGCUCUUGUCGACAAAGCAAUUGAAGAACACGGUGAAGGGAAUGCAGAGUUAGUGUUGGAGACACUCUUUGCAUAUUCUAAUCAUCAGCAACCAAAGCCGGAACCUUUUGAUGAUGGCCUAUCCAACAGCAACAGUGAUGAUUUAACCGCAAACCAUCACUCUUGUCCAUUUUCAAGAAAUGUGACCUAUUUCUUGUGUAUAUGUUUGUCCUUCUUGAUACACAGUCUUGGAUUUCCUUAUUUUCUGCAAUUGUGGAUCUUGCAGGAACCUGAUGCUGGCAGCGACAUUGACGGGAAAAAGGAAUCUUUAUUGAAAAUGAAUUUCACUGCCGAUGAAGUUGAGCUUGCUAUGGGUAGACUUGGUAAAGAUGCUACUGUUGGUCAACUAAUGGACUUCAUUUUUGCUACGCGGAUGGCCAAGAAGUAUGAAAAAGACACACCUAAUAUAAUAAUUGGAGACGAGGAAAACGAAAAGGAUUGUAGCAACGAGGUGCUAUUUGGUGUCAUGGAAAAGACGCUUCAACUGCUUGAAAUGGGCUUUUCGGAGAACGAAAUAUCAACAGCUUUUGAGAAAUGUGGUUCAGAAGCACCUCUCCCUGAGCUCACGAACUCAAUCGUUGACCCUACUUAUCAAUAUCGACCUCCAAAAAGGAAAACAGUUGAGCCCCUUCUCGACUCGUUAUUCAUCAAGACCGAGGAACAGGGUGACCUCACGUCCCAAGUCGGGACAUCCAACUCGCUCGGGAAAUCAAAGCGCAAGAUCCCGAGAACACGACUCCCGGACGAACCAAAUGACUUCAUGGAACCAAAGGAGGAAUUUGCCGAGACCGGGAGUUCCGCCAACCUGGUGCGGAUCCAGGCACAAAAAGACAACCGCCGCACCUCGUCCGCCAGCCUGCCGCCAGCCUGGCAAAUGGACUUUUUAGUGGAAGACUCGAAGCUGUCAAUGUACGAAUCCACACCCAACCCUUGCAGGACCCUUUCACCCGCAGCCGCACGACCCCCUUAUUUCCUCUACGGGCAUGUGACCAGCCUGUCUCAUUCCUCCUGGGCCAAGAUCUCUCAGUUUCUGUACUCGGUCAAGCCGGAGUUCGUAAACACUGAGACACACUCUGCCCUGAGCCGACAGGAAGGCUACGUGCACAACCUCCCCACGGACAACCGGGCCCACAUUCUCCCUAGGGGCCCACUCACCAUCCAGGAAGCCGCGCCACACUCCGAAAAAUGGUGGCCCGCGUGGGACACCCGGAAGCACCUGACCCAUGUCGGCUACCAGAUGGGCGGGACAACUCACGUCAUUGACCGAGUCGCGCAGGCCCUGUCCGGGUCCGACGGGCCCCCACCUCAGCACCUCGUCCAGCAGCUCCAGUCAAAGAACCUCAUCUGGAUGGGCCGGAACCGGGUGGGCCCGCUGGAGCCUGAGCUGGCGGAGCGCGUGAUGGGCUACCCACCGAACCACACCCGGGCCGCCGGCCUCGGCCCAGAUGAGCGGCUGAGGUCGCUCGGGCUCGCAUUCCAAACGGACACGCUGGGUUACCUCCUUUCGGUGCUGAGGCAGCUCUGCCCGGGAGGGGUAGCUGUGUUGUCGUUUUUCACGGGGAUUGGUGGGCCCGAGGUGGCCCUGCACCGGCUGGGGAUCCGGAUGAGGGGUGUAGUGUCGGUGGAGCCGAGUGAGGUGAGGCGGAGGAUCGUGAGGAGGUGGUGGGAGAGUAGCGGGCAGGGUGGGGAGUUGGUGCAGAUUGAGGAUGCCAAUAGGCUGACGGGCGGGAGGUUGGAGGAGCUUACGAAGAAGUUUGGGGGGUUUGAUCUGGUGGUGUGCCAGAACCCAAGUUCGGGCGCGGAGAGUGAUGUGCUUUCGGGCCUGGAUUUCUCCAUGUUUGUGGAGUUUGUGCGGGUUCUGCAGCGUGUGAGGUCGUCGACCAGAUAA